UGUAGCGCGGAGAGAGCUGCUGGGCGCUCACGGCGCGGAGGAUCGGUGCCGCGUGGUGGAGGACCGCACGGUGAAAUUCUUGGAGUUUUUGAUGGGGGCGUUGGUAUUCGAGGCGCGGACCGACGAUGAGCGAGCCGAAGAGAUGGCCGGAUCAGGCCGCCACGGUGGUUGCGUUCUGGGACACGGAGGUGGCGCGUCCCUGGCGGACUGUAUCUUUCAGCUCUUGGCCCGUCGAGGAUGGUGCACUCAGGCUUUGGCGUCAGAGGAGGGGCGCCGUGUCGCGUGCGAUGCGUGCAUGGAUCAUAUGUCGAACGUCGGAGAUGCAUGGUUGGCGUCGGGUUCGCACGAGGGUGAGCUCCGGCACGGCAUCCACGCAGGCGAGAUCAUGAGGUUCGCGUUGGCACGGUACCGGGCGGCCGCUGUAGUGCUGCCGGAGGAGGUCAUUGUGCGCGCGUACUCCCGCUUCGACGGGCUCCUGGAUGCGCGCGAACAGGGAGUUUCCAUUUCGUAUACCCGCGCAGAGCUCGAGGGAGAAAGGCCCGCUCUCGGUGCGUGGCCGUGCGUCGAGCACCUGCGCGCUGAAGGCGAGGUUGUCGUGCUUGAGGUAUACAACCACACUGGGGCGCACAUUGCAAGCGCGACGUACAAACCAGCAUGGCAAAGCGCCGGGAUGGAGUCGACGGCGGUCGCGCCUGGGGCGAGGGGUUCCAGGUCUCGAAACGCUAGCGCGGGCAGUGUCCAGCAGACCGAGGGCACCUCUGCCGGCACCCGGGCGAAACGCCGGCGGAUUAUAGGGAAGACGAAGGACCGUGGCGCCUCAGCGGCGGGAGUAGGCGACCACGGCGACUCGGGCGACACGCCGAUGGCAUCGCGCGCCACGACGGGCACCGGCGCGGCGCAGGAAGAUGACGGCGAGGGACAUGGAGACGCGCCAGGCCACGCGCAUCGGAUCCGCGCUGCCAAAAUGUCGGACGACCCGCGACGGAAAAGGGAAGCAAUUUUGGAAAGGGUCGCGACUGAGCACUUGAAAGAUGCACCAACGUUGCCCGCCGUCUCGGCGAAUGGGCAUGCCUUGGGUGACGGAGUCCGGGAACCGGCCGGAGCAGUAGGAUUGCCGAGGAAGCACUGCGCUUUCAGGCGCUGGAGGCAGGACGGGUGGAAGCCUUGUCGAUGGCACGGAGAUUCGGAGGCAGACCUUUGCGCGCACCUGCUGCAGGAGCAUCGGGCGGAGCUCGAGGACAUCGCAUCAUCGCUGGUUUGCGUUUCUGCCGAAGACGAAAAGAGUGACGAGUUGCGGUGCCUGUCUGCGUACAACGAGGUGUCGCCGAAUUUGGACGGCAUCUUCGGACUGCCUGUCUCGUUCGUCAGGAAGCAUCUGUCCGUGGACAGUUAUGUGGAGCGGUACGGUCAGGAAGCAGCGGAGAUCCUGGAAGCGACGAAAGGAAACGCCGUGGUCCUCGAGAAGAGCAGCUUCGAUGACGGGGAUGUCAAUGCCCAACGCGUGGAAGCCUUACGAAGUUUUGUACAGAGGGUGUCACCAGAAUGCGAACAAGAUGGACUCAGCGAGCGCACGGAGGACAGCGAGUGCGAGUCGGAGCAUGAAGGUCCCCGAGCGAAGCGCGCGCGCGCAGGCGGACGAGAAGCGAAGCCCGACGUCGUGCCGGCGAAGGAGAGGGAAGAGGUGAGAUUGUUGACAGAGGCGCUGGACAUGAACGAACGAGUUGAUCGCUUGACGUGGUUUACGUACGUAUCCGCGAACCCGAAGGACGUGGACGCGCAAAUCACACCCGAGGAGAUCAGUGAGGGGGCGAAGCAGGUCCACCGUGCAUUGGCGGGGAAAUACCAGGACGUGAACGGUAAAAAGCAGAGGGUCAUGGGAGACAUGACAAAAGUGCGCUACGUCCCGGGACUCGGCAGAGCUGCCCACAAGUUGCUCGCGAACAUCGAGCACACGUCUCGGCGGCUACCAGGGACGCAGGAAACGCGACGGGUCAUGCGAUUCGAAACCAACGCGCUCCGCGUUCGGUACGGCGUGCCGAUUUUUGCGACCUUCUCUCCCGACGAAGGGGACAAUCUCAUCAUGGUGCGGUUGUCGCGCACGCGACGUCGUGAUCCGGUCCACACGGCGGAGGGCGACGCAGCUGCGUCACGGGCAGGGUGCGCCCUCGCCGACGCGCGCACGGCGCCCCACAUCGUGGCUUUGCUUCUCUCACAUCGCACGGACCCCUCGCCGCUGCGUGCGCGGCGGCACUCCCCGCCCGCGGAGAUAUUUGUCGCUGCGUGCGCGGCGGCACUCCCCGCCCGCG